GGUCUGCCUGCUGAGCUGAAGAAGCUGAUCGUGCACCACGCCGAGGACUCCUGCCUUGCCAACCUUCGUCUCACAAACAAGGAGCUCAAUGCUAUCACCACUAAGCCAUUCGGCGAGAGACUCCUUGUUGAGCGUCGUUUCGUACUGUCUGAGUACAGUCUCCAGGGCCUUGUUGAUCUUACUGCCCACCCUGUUUUUGGU